GAGCGUUUUUCAUCAUUUAAAAGCACCAAGGAGGGAGAGUGAGAGAGGUGCAGCUGAGAGAGACAGCCUCUUUGAACUGUGAGGCAGAAGUGAUGGAUUCAGCCCACAGAAAAGUGACAGUCUUCUCCUAACAGGCCACAGGCAGUACACAACCUGCCCUGGACUCACCGUUUACCAGGAAAUUACCUCCACCAUUCAACUAAAGCGGCCACUUGUCUCUUCAGAGAUUUCCAGCUUUUCAAGAAGACUUUGUGACAAUUUAUUCAAUGUUUGCUGAAGAGAGUUUCUGAGAAGUUGGGAUUUUGUUGUUGUUGUAAUAAACUAGGGCUUUAAACUCCCCUGGUUCUCCACUGCUGGAAUAGACUAAGGUGAUAAAAAGUGAUUGACAGAACGUGCUGAGUCAGAGAGGAAGAUGCAGGGGUAAAGGUUUCACACUUGGGAUGACUUUCUACCAGGAGAAACUUCAAACAACUCUAGCAGGAGGACAAGGCAACUGAGGGAGCCUCAUCAGCGCUGUGCAGUUACCUCGCUUUGGUGGGUUGGACACUAACUCAUGGAGCCCCCUUCAAUGGUCCUGCUGGGGGUCCUUCUAGUUUAUGGACUAGCCUGUGGUGUCGAGCAGACGCAGGGGAGUCUGUCGGACAGCAGCCAUGGCAGGGACAAGAUCCAAGAAUUUGGGAGCAGUGAGGACGAUCUGGAGAGAGAGUUUCUCUAUGCUGGAAGAAGCAAACGUGCUCCAGCUGACACAAUGCAGGACAAGUGCUCCUACACUUUCAUUGUGCCUCAACAAAAAGUGACUGGAGCCAUAUGUGUUAAUUCCAAGGAGCCAGAGGCUAUGCUGGAGAAUCGGGUCAACAAACAAGAGUUAGAGCUUUUAAACGUAGAGCUACAGAAACAAAAGAGGCAGAUUGAAACCUUGCAGCAGUUGGUGGAGGUGGAUGGAGGUAUUGUCAAUGAAGUCAAGCUUCUGAGGAAAGAGAGUAGAAACAUGAACUCAAGAGUAACUCAGCUCUACAUGCAGCUGCUCCAUGAGAUCAUCAGGAAGAGAGACAAUGCCUUAGAGUUGGCACAGAUGGAAAACAAGAUCCUGAACCAAACAUCUGAGAUGCAGCAGCUCACCAGUCGAUACAAAGAUCUUGAUCACAAAUAUCAGCAUUUGGCUUCUUUAGCCACAAAUCAAUCAGCUCUUAUUGCCUUGUUGGAGGAGCAGUGCCAGAGUCGACCUCCUCCUCCUCCUCCUCGACGUGUGCCCGUCUCCCAGCCACGGCCUCAGCCACCUCCUCCCUCACCACCUGUCAACAAGCCUUAUCAGCCACCUGUGCUUCCACGUAUCAACAAUCCAAUCAGCAAUGAGAUCCAGAGUGACCAAAAAUCUCUACCACCUCCUCUUCCAACAAUGCCCACUGGUACACACAGCCCAUCCACCACUGACAAGCCCUCUGGUCCAUUUAAGGACUGCUUGCAGGCUCUGGAAGAGGGCCACAGUACCAGCGGAAUGUAUCUGGUGAAGCCAGAAAAUGCCAACCGCCUCAUGCAGGUGUGGUGUGACCAGAGACAUGACCCCGGUGGCUGGACGGUGAUCCAGAGGCGGGUGGACGGUUCUGUCAACUUUUUCAGGAACUGGGAGAUAUACAAGCAAGGAUUUGGCAAUAUUGAUGGCGAAUACUGGCUGGGUCUAGAAAACAUCUACUGGCUGACUAACCAGGGAAACUACAAACUGCUGGUCACACUGGAGGACUGGUCUGGCAGGAAAGUGUUUGCGGAAUAUGCCAGCUUCAGAGUGGAGCCUGAAUCUGACUUCUACAAGUUAAGGGUGGGCCGUUACCAUGGCAAUGCUGGUGACUCUCUCACCUGGCAUAAUGGCAAACAAUUCACAACACUGGACAGGGAUCAUGAUGCAUAUACAGGAAACUGUGCCCACUACCAGAAGGGAGGGUGGUGGUACAACUCUUGUGCCCAUUCAAAUCUGAAUGGAGUCUGGUAUAGAGGAGGACACUAUCGCAGCCGCUACCAGGAUGGCGUCUACUGGGCUGAGUUUAGAGGAGGAGCAUAUUCGCUCAAGAAAGUAGUCAUGAUGAUCCGUCCAAACCCUAACACUUUCCACUAAUCCUCUGAGAAAUGCAUACUGUACUGUAUCUCUUAUUAAACCAAUUUAUUUACAUAUUUUUUGUUGCAUGGGGUGGCACCAAACCAAGUCAAAUGACAAAGAGAAAGAUGAGCUAAAAGUGCAAUAUCAAAAGAUCAGGGUCUUCCCAAAUCUGUGCGCUGUUAUUGUCUUUUUUGUUUGUUUUUUUUUUUAUUUUGUCUUGUCACAUAUAACACAUGUAAAGAUGUGCUUAUUGCUCAGGAGUUAUUUCAAACACACUUUAGCAAACAGGAAGUUUAGGUGAGUGUUUUUUGAUGAGUAAAUAGCUCUACAAUAGGAACCUUGCAGUAUAUAUUCAAUAGGUAACAAAGAAAUGAGGCUGACACAGGAAAUGCUUCCAGUGACUAUAUUUUAACUUCAAGAUAAAGACUUUUCAUUCUUCAAAUGAGUAACUUACACAAGCACCUGGUAUUCUGACCCAUUUUAUUGAUUAUUGUAAAAUGAACAAAAUGUACGUUUUACACUAAACCAAAACUCAUAACACAAAUAUUGUAUGUGCUUAACAGUCUGUUUCUCUUGGGUUAAAGAACAGCUUAUUAAUCAACUCAUUACCAAAAUUCAAGGAGGUACAGUACAUUCCCUAUUUUUAAGAAACAUGUUCUCAAAUUGUGAAUUGCUUACGCAGGUAUCCACUAAUUUGCUUGUCUGAAUCAAGCACUGUAUUUACUGUAUAAAUUUAGUGGUUUUGUUGAUGUCAAUAGAUCCAACACAUUGCGUUUGUACAUAAGAUCCUUGUAAUAUAAUGCAUUUGUUAGUUUACUAUUAAUUUGCAAUAAAAUAUGUACA